GAGUCUACUAUGCAUGUCUUCAUCUCUUACACGAAUACCCAGUGACAUCCCUUCAGACAUUCACAAAGUUAGAAUAGAAAAAUGCCACCUGACUGAGCUGUCUCGGGGAUCAUUUGGCGGAGUGAACUCUUUAGAAUAUCUAUGGCUGAAUUUUAACAAUAUUACACUAAUGCACAUGAAAAGCUUGGAAGACUUAAAGGGCCUAAAAGAAUUGAGACUACAAGGAAACAAACUACGUUCAGUACCAUGGACUGCUUUUCAAGAUACCCCUGCUUUAAGGAUAUUGGACCUUAAACAUAACAGAUUAGAUGUUCUCCCAGAACAUGCAUUGAAGUUUCUGACCAACCUGACCUACUUGGACUUAUCCUUUAAUCAGCUUACAAUCAUCUCUAAAGAGGUUUUUUCAAACUGGCCCCUAUACCAAAGAGGACACGUAUUGGGUGGAAAAACAGAAUUGAUUUCCAAUGUAGUCCUGGCCUUACAUGACAACCCCUGGAUGUGUGACUGUCGUCUCAGAGGCUUUGUACAUUUUGUAAAGUCAGUCAGCCCACCCAUUAUACUGAUGAAUUCAUAUUUAACUUGUGCAAGCCCAGAAUCUAGGAUCGGCAAGUUCUUUCAUGAGUUGGAGUUAAAUAAUUGCAUAAAGCCAAAUACCAGCACAUUGUUGUCCAACGUUACUGUACAGGUGGGGUUGAAUGUCACAUUGGUAUGUACAAUAACAGCAAGCCCUACACCUUUAAUACUGUGGACCUAUGGAAUAAAGAUAAUUAAAGCCUAUAAUGUGACCACCACUGUUAUUGAUGAAGAGACCAUAAGAUCGGAACUAACGAUCCCAGUGGUACAUCUUUCAGAGGCAGGAAUCUACAACUGUUUGGCGACAAAUUUCUUGGGCAACUCUACUUCAUCAAUUAUUUUAAAUGUUCUGUCUCCGAGAAUGGGAGAUCCUUCCAUGUAUUCUUCAUACUCUCUUAGUCCAUCAUCAUCGUCCGAUGAGAACGUCUACAUAGAUAUACGAAUCGCCAAGCAGACUGUUUAUGGAAUCUCCUUGGAAUGGUUUGCAGUGACAGAAAAUCCAGGAGAGACGUGGUAUACUAUCUAUUUUGGCAAAUAUGAUGACAAAGAGAAGGAGGUCAUUAAUAUUGGCCCAGGAAUUUAUACCUAUUCUGUUAAUGACUUGCUACCAGCAACCAAAUAUGAGGUAUGUAUCACAUUAAAAAGCCAGCCUCCCCGGAAGGGACAAUGCAUUGUGUUCAUGACCGGGAGUGACAUCAGUGAAUUAGAACAGAGAGAAAAGCUCAUCCACAUCAUUGUUAUUGUGUGUGCAAUGGUGCUUGCGGUGCCUGCUGGAAUGUACGCAUUCACCACAGAGACCAGGUUUAACUGUAUUGAAAAAUGUAUAGGUCUUUGUCGGCGAAAGCAUAAGGCACAGAAAAACCUGAAGAGGGAUAGUACCAAAGAAAGCACCUUUGACAGCUUGCAGGCCACCAGUGAGGAUGGUCUGUGCCAGAGAGAAUGCACUGAAGACAACAGACGGAGGAGAUGUUCAGAGGAUAAGCUUAAUAAAGCAAAACCAGAGAACAAGAACCCUGCAGAACUGUAUUAGAGCAGAGCUUCCUUGCUAUCAAUAUGCAACUCACAAUGACAGUUACAUUUUUACUUAUCGUACAGAAGAGACAGUGUCAUGCGCUGUGUUCAACUGAU